AAGGCAGCGGUGGCGGCAGCGACGACGGCGGCUCCGGAGGCCGCAGUCCCGGUCCUGGCUUCGCCCCCAGCCCCACCAUGGUGACGCUCGCUGAGCUGCUGGUGCUCCUGGCCGCCCUCCUGGCCACGGCCUCGGGCUACUUCGUCAGCAUUGACGCGCAUGCAGAGGAGUGCUUCUUCGAGCGGGUCACCUCGGGCACCAAGAUGGGCCUCAUCUUCGAGGUGGCGGAGGGCGGCUUCCUGGACAUCGACGUGGAGAUUACAGGACCUGAUAAUAAAGGAAUUUAUAAAGGAGACCGGGAGUCCAGCGGGAAAUACACAUUUGCUGCUCACAUGGAUGGAACAUAUAAGUUUUGUUUUAGCAAUAGGAUGUCUACCAUGACUCCAAAGAUAGUGAUGUUCACCAUUGAUAUCGGGGAAGCCCCCAAAGGACAAGACAUGGAAACAGAAGCUCACCAGAACAAGCUAGAAGAAAUGAUUAAUGAGCUUGCAGUGGCGAUGACAGCUGUGAAGCAUGAACAGGAAUACAUGGAAGUUCGAGAGAGAAUACACAGAGCAAUCAAUGACAACACAAACAGCAGAGUGGUCCUUUGGUCCUUCUUUGAAGCUCUUGUUCUAGUUGCCAUGACAUUGGGACAGAUCUACUACCUGAAGAGAUUCUUCGAAGUCCGGAGGGUUGUUUAAAAGCCUUUUCCCCAUAAUCCCAAAUUCAUAAUUCACUGUUUACCAAACAUCUUGGUCAUAAUAAUGUCAUUAGUUUCUAUGUUUUUAUUUUCUGAACUGUAUCUUCAGAGCUUAUGUUUCUUUGUGAUUAGUAGAUAUUGGGGGAAAACACUUUUUUUAGGAAAGCUAUAGUGAAAAUUCGACAUUUGAUUGGCAUAAAUUCAUAUUUGAAUUCUGCCUCCAUUAUACAGGCCCUCCCAAAACUCAAACACUGUAAGCCGAAUAUAGGUGUAGAGUCCUUAGUUUUCUUUCUUUUUAUUUUCAUUAUAAAAUACAGUUUGUUCAGGAUAGUACUUUACUAAAAUGACUCUAUUCUUGGGAUCCCUUAUCC